UGGCUGUGACUGGGGUGCUGUGAGGAGAGUGGGGCUCAGUGCGACCAGGCAGAGGCCAGAGCGGCAGGCAGGCAGUGGAGAGAAUUGAGCCGCAAAGACGUGCCCAGAGUGGAUAAACCAUGCACACUGAGUGGGAGAAAGACUCUGCCCAGGACACAAGAUGAAGGUAGAGAGGAAGACCUCCUCUAAAGGCGACAGUUUAACUGACAUUCCUCCGCUACUGACCCUCUUUGGCCUCCUCCUCCUCCUAUUCACAGGUGAGGUGUCAGGUGUGAAUGUGACCAGCCAAACCCAGGUGGUGAGGGGCACGGUGGGGAAAGUGGCCCUCUUGUCAGUCAGCUACUCCAGCAGCAGUUCUGAUAAGCCUGUGAUUAAAUGGCAGCUUAAGAGGGAGAAAGAGAAACCUAUCACUGUUGUGCAGUCCAUAGGAACAGACAUCAUAGGGAACCUGAGGCCGGAGUACCGCAAUCGUAUCCUGGUGUUUGAAAAUGGUUCACUGCUGCUUCACAACCUGCAGCUGUCAGACGAAGGGGCGUACGAAGUUGAGAUCUCUAUCACAGAUGACACCUUCACUGGAGAGCGCUUCGUUGAGCUCACUGUGGAUGUGCCCGUAUCCAAACCUUACAUCCAGAUGAUGUCCUUGUCCGUCCUGGAGUACAGCGAGCACUUCAACCUCCACUGUACCCAUGAUAAUGGCACGAAGGCCGUCUACAGUUGGCUGAAGGGAGGCAAGGUGCUGACUAAUGACACACGCCUGCUGCUUUCACAUGACCAAAAGACGCUGACCAUCUCUCGCGUUGGGAUGUCAGAUGAUGACAUUUACGCCUGCACAGUGGACAACCCCAUCAGCAACAUGAAGAGCAUGCCUGUCAAGCUCACUGUCUACAGUUUAGGACGGAGCUCGCUAUACAUCAUCCUGUCCACCGGGGGCAUAUUCCUCCUUAUCACCCUGGUGACGGUGUGUGCCUGUUGGAAACCAUCCAAAAAGAAACAUCAACCCAUCCCCCAAAGAGCUCCGAUCUAUUUGGAGCAGAGUGAUAUUGGCCAUGAUGUUGAUGUUGUUCCAAAACCAACUACACUUGGUCGAAGGAGUCCCAUGCCUCUUUAUGUCCUUGAUGAAGAUGAGACUCUGGAGCGUUUGGAAGAGAGUUCUGGUGAUGUCGCCAUCCAUUCAGAAAUGAAUAUCCCUGCUACCUAUGCUCCGGUUCUUCCUCCCUCCUCCAACAGAUCUGAGCGGCCUGUAUGGUCUGCCCCCCGCAGAUAUCCCCGAAGCCCCUCUCCCCUGGCACAGCCUCUCCCACAACCCCUCCCCUGUCCUCCCCUACGUCCUGUCCGGUCCCCUGCUCACUCCCCUGGUUCAUCUCCACGCAGUUUCAGCCCAAUCAGAAAAGUCCGUCCACCAAUAGGCAUCCCAACCAGCCACCUGCCUGUAGAGUCAGAGAGUGCAGACUCGCUGUCCAUCACCACAUUGACAAGUGCCUGAUGUUCUCAUUCUGUGAUAUGUAAAGUACACUUGUAGUUUGUCGGUCUUCUGUUGCACACACAAGGAUAAUGGAUUUGAUGCACUAGGAUAAGAGAUAUGUACACUUUCAGCUAACUCUAUGUCUUCAUAUGCCAUUAUUUAUCAUGUAUUUCUCUAUGGCUAUGCACAAUAUUUCCUUAGUCUUUUGAUGAUAUCCUGUCAAGUGAAAUAAAUAUAUUCUGUCCAUGUAGUUCAUCAUGUAUUUUAUGCUGAACAGUAAAGGUUUCUCAACUCUGGUAUAUCAUUUUCUUCUUGGUUAAUUAUGUAUUUUCCUUUUGAUAAGUACCUGUAAGUAAGUUAAUGUUUUUGGGUUGGGUUUUUGUUCAAAAAUUAAACCACAAGGUGUAUUCUUAUUCAGCACUAGGUCACUGUAUAACCUGAGGUAAUAAAAGCAGUUUUAAUAGUUUGUAGUUUGUCAUCUAUUUUGUAAAAUUCUGCACCACAACUCUGCUUUUCUUGAGUUGAAGCGUAAUUCCUUUUUAUUCCAUUAGAGGUCGCCCACAUAUUAUACUGGAUUUUAGAGCGCAGUUGUCAGUAAUAUAAUUACUUGUAUUAAUCCACACUUUGUUACGAGUUAUUUAGCAAGUUAUGUUUUAUGUUGUCAUUGUCUAACCACCGUUUUACCCUUUUGUGUAACCUAAUGAGGUCAGUAAUGAGUUAUGUGUCUCUUACUCUGACACUUGACAUUAUUUGACACAAGGUCAAUGACGAUCAAGCUGUGGUUGAACCUAUAAUUCUAUCAGAAUCACAAAUGAAAAAAUAUUUAGAAUACGUGAGCCAAUUAAAUUUAAGAGUCAUGAAUAUAA